UGGCUUAGGCCCAAGGUCUGCACUGUAAGUUCCCAGGCCCUCCGUGGUCCUCUAUCCUAGCCGCACAGCUCUGCUGCUUUGCCCGCGCUCCUCAAGCUUCUCAACUCUGGACUAAGGAGAGAAUCUUGGAACAAGAGCAAAACACAUCGCUGCUGAGAAGAUCUCACCUUUCUGCCUCCGGUUCUCCAACAGGAAUUUCAUCCACCUGGGAAGAGAGUGGGGUGCGUUCACGACCCUGUUUUUGUUGGCCUUUAGCUUGUUCUGAUAUCUUGGGCCAACUUGAUCACAUCUCACCCUCCGGUUUUUGUUUUGUUUUUGGCAACAGUGGACAUUGGCCUCUGGAGCCUGUUGUAGGCAGACGGUGUUGAGAGGCACUGAGGACUGAGCAGCCAGGACUGUGUGCUGAAGUCACCAUGUCCACCAAGGUCCCCAUCUAUUUGAAACGUGGCAGCCGCAAAGGCAAGAAAGAGAAGCUUCGGGACCUGCUCUCCUCAGACAUGAUCAGCCCGCCACUUGGGGACUUCCGUCACACUAUCCACAUCGGCAGUGGUGGUGGAGAUGACAUGUUCGGGGACAUCUCCUUCCUUCAGGGCAAGUUCCAUCUCCUUCCAGGAACAGCAGUGGAAGAGGCUGAGGAGGAUGGCAGCUUCGACCUUCCCUUCCAGUUUACCCGCACUACCACGGUGUGUGGGCGAGAGCUCCCUGGUGGGCUGUCACCUUUGCUCAAAAAUGCCAUCUCCCUUCCAGUAAUUGGUGGACCUCAGGCCCUCACUCUGCCCACAGCCCAGGCUCCACCUAAGCCUCCGCGCCUGCACCUUGAAUCACCACAGCCUUCUCCAAAGUCCUCCCCACAGGAGGCAGGCAAUGUGGACGUCUGGAGGGUUCCAGAGGCUGGCUCGCCCCACAAUGGGAUGAGCCCUGAGCCAGAGGCCGAGGAGCCCUUCCUGUCCCAUGCCAGCUCUCUGCUGUCCCUGCAUGUGGACCUGGGGCCUUCUAUCCUAGAUGACGUCCUCCAGAUUAUGGAUCAGGACCUAGGCCGUGUGCAGAUCCCCACAUAAGACCCUUGGCUGACCAGGCAGGUCACCCAGGCUGUGGUGAUGCCUGGAGACAUCUAUGGACAAUGGCCCUAACCUAGGAGUCAGGGUCUCAGGUCACACCUAUGGGUGCUGGCCAGUGACUGUCAUUUUGAGCCUUUGUUUUCCCUACUCUCAAUGGACAGAGUAUAUCUUUGUUUUCAUCUAACAACAUCCACAGGGGACCCAUGCAGAAGUUGCCCUAGAGACUGCUGAGUCUCUUUGGUCAUUUGACCCGCACUGUCAACUGCCCCCUUUCCCUCAGGUCCCUUGUGGGGAAGACUCUGCUAAAAUGGAGCCCACCUCCUCUCCAACUACCUUCCAUGUCAGCAUCAUUGGGUAUGCUUCCCACCGGUCUGUGUGCGCUGGUCCAUAAAGCAUGCCAUCUCCUGUCUGUGUCCUGUUCUGUCCCUUCCUUACCUGACCAGGGGAUUCUGGUUGCAAUAAAACGUGCUGCUGCUGUUGGCUGAGCA